AUGACGGAAAGUGCAGCAAAUAAGGCGGUAAACGGAGAGGUUUGUCACCGUGCAACAAACGGUGUAAAACCGGGAAGAAACGGCUUCGUAAAGAAUCAUUACCACUACAAGCAGCAGAAGAACUGCUACGCCGAGGAGAAGGUGUACCACACUGCAUGCAAUGGAGGGGUGUACAGUAGACCUUUCAUUGAAUCAUUUGAGGAGACUCCCAUGUUUGUUGCUGUCCUCACAUACAUGGGUUACGGCAUCCUUACCAUCUUCGGAUAUCUGAGGGACUUCUUGAGGGACUGGAAAAUUGAGAAGUGUCACAUUGCCAGAGAAAGAGAGCAACAGAAGGACUUUGUUCCACUUUAUCAAGACUUUGAAAAUUUCUACACAAGAAAUUUAUACAUGCGAAUACGGGACAAUUGGAACAGGCCUAUCUGCAGUGUUCCAGGGGCCAAGAUGGAUCUAGUGGAGAGGAUUUCCUAUGAUUACAACUGGACUUUUGACUACACAGGCCGAGUGGUGAAAGAUGUCAUCAACAUGGGCUCGUAUAAUUACUUGGGCUUCGCAGAGAACACAGGCCCUUGUGCCAACGCUGCUGCACAGGUCACCAUGAACUAUGGUGUAGGAAUAGGCAGUACCAGGCAGGAGAUAGGUAACUUGGAUAAGCAUGAGGAACUGGAGAAACUGGUGGCUGCAUUCCUGGGAGUGGAGUCAGCCAUGGCUUUUGGCAUGGGCUUUGCCACGAACUCGAUGAACAUUCCAGCACUAGCUGGCAAGGGCUGUUUGAUCCUGAGUGAUGAAUUAAAUCAUGCCUCUCUGGUACUGGGAGCCAGGCUGUCUGGAUCCACCAUCCGGGUGUUCAAGCACAACAACAUGCAGAGCCUGGAGAAGUUGCUCAGAGACGCCAUUGUCAACGGCCAGCCCAGGACACAUCGGCCGUGGAAGAAGAUCCUCAUCCUGGUGGAGGGAAUCUACAGUAUGGAGGGAUCCAUUGUGCGGCUGCCGGAGGUCAUCGCCCUGAAGAAGAAGUACAAGGCUUACCUGUACCUGGACGAAGCCCACAGCAUCGGAGCCCUGGGGCCCAGUGGCAGAGGGGUGGUUGACUACUUUGGCCUGGAUCCCAGAGAUGUGGACGUUAUGAUGGGCACUUUCACCAAGAGCUUUGGUGCAGCUGGUGGCUACAUAGGAGGGAAGAAGGAGUUGAUCGACUACCUGCGAACUCACUCUCAUAGUGCGGUGUAUGCCACUUCAAUGUCACCUCCAGUUGUGGAGCAAAUUAUCACUUCUAUGAAGUGCAUUAUGGGGGAGGACGGAACAACGAUGGGCCGUGAGCGAGUCCAGCAGCUGGCAGAGAACACGGUUUAUUUCCGUAGAAGAUUGCAGGAGAUGGGUUUCAUCAUAUACGGCAAUAGUGACUCACCUGUUGUGCCCAUGAUGCUCUACAUGCCUGCCAAAAUUGGGGCAUUUGGUCGGGAGAUGUUGAAGAGGAACAUUGGAGUGGUAGUGGUGGGUUUCCCUGCUACGCCCAUAAUUGAGUCUAGAGCUCGCUUCUGUGUGUCUGCAGCUCACACCAAAGAAAUGCUAGACACGGCGUUGAGCAUGAUCAGUGAGGUGGGUGAUUUGCUGCAGCUGAAGUAUUCUCGGCAUAGAAUACUUCCCUCUUUAGACCGGCCCUUUGAUGAAACCACAUAUGAGGAGAAUGAAGAUUGAAUGUCUUCCAGUCAGAACCAAACGUGCACUGUUCGUCUUAAGUACUCCACGGAACCACUGAACCACUUAAGUCAUGUAAUGCCU